UUCCAACGGCAGCAAAAGAGGCUGAGUGUUAGCGGCAUCGGUCAAAUGUAUAAUUGGUGUAAAUAAAGUGGAGCUAGAGAUCAGUUAGUAUCAGUUUCGCUAAUAAUAUGUAGAGGAGAUGGUGGUAACAUGAGAGAAGGUUAUAAAAUACAGGAAAUUGCUGUUAAAAAGUUGACACACAAGAGCUAUUCAGCGGCAACUCCCCACAAACACUUAAUGUCCAUCUACCUCUGAUCAGUUAAGCAAAACACCGUGAAAAGAACGGAUGUUAUUGUUUCUCGCUUAUAAAACUUUUUCAUUAGACGUCCCGUGGUACCCGCGUAUCCAGUCCCCGAAGGGCUCCGCCCUGUCGAUUUGUGGCGACAGUCGACUCGACGAGCUCAGCCCGGAUGAGGGUCGCUCGUCCCUUCCGGGUACCCCGAGGGACGACAGCAGCGAGCUUAGCUUCUAUCGUCGCUUUGUCGAAGGUCACGCCACUCAUGUGACGCGCACUGGACGCUCCUGCGAGUUAUUGCGUCGGGGAACACUUCCAAAUACCGUCUCCCCGAGACCGCAGCGCGAACGUAGCGUAUCGGACAGCAAGUUGAAGGGACCGACGUAUCGUCCGUACACCAUCGAGGAAUACAGGAGUUUAUCGGUGCCGAGACCCGAUCGAUCUCUGGGUCCUGAUAAGGACGAGGUGCAGAUAAAGUCGAGACGCGCCAUCGCUCAAAAAUGUUUCUUGCCCCCUUUGAAGGAUUGGAAUGCCGCCGCAUCAAAGAACCGUGAAAGCUCGAGGAUCUCUGAGACGAAUAACGUGACGCAGGAGAGUCUCUUGAAAUAUCCUGUCAUGUACUCGAGGGAAAGGAUCGUCACCGACGAAGCAUCGCCGUUCCGAAAGAGUGAAAUGUUCGAGAAAACAGAGAAAGAAUUGGCGGAUCGUUUUAUGCGACAAGCUUUAAUGCGUUAAAUUACUUAUUGGGACUGCUUUGUGAAAGAAAGUUAAGAAAAGACAGGGUAAAAGUCUCUCCAAAUAUACUUUUUCGAUAUUUGUUCUCGUGACUAAUAUAUCACCAUUCUAAUUGUCUAUUUUUACAACUGGUGAUCGCGAUUUGCUUUCCGAUGAUAUCGAUCGUAAAUUCGUCUGUCAUGCAUGCCUUGUUUACUUAUAUCAAGUCUACUUUUUAUCAAAGCCCAUGUGCCAGUACAUUGCUGAUACUGUAAAAUAUUUUUAAGCGCUUUAUUUCAAAUACUUUCUUAUACAUUUCCAUUUAAGUCAAAUAGAUUAUAUAAAUCAAUUUAUUA